CUUAAAGCAAGUUUCAAUUAUCGCAAUGUCUACCAAAGAUGAGUUGGAGAAGUCGCUGCCACUCCCGUCGGCACCUAUCAUCAGCAUUUCGUCUUCUGUGGUGAUUCAGCCGCCGUUGUCAAGAUUGGGCAAGGGUCCUGCUCUCAUCUUACUGAUUGACCAAGAGUCUGCAUCGAAAUCUCCGACAGACAGUAUCGACCCUCCGCCAUUACAAAAAUGGGCGGAGGAGAGUUUUGUUGUUGGUCAAAUAGACGUGACCAGCCUUUCAACCAAGAGCUUUGAGGCCACCCUGUCCGAGACCAUCAAGCAUAUCAAGGACCAUGCCUCCUAUGACGGCAAUGAGAAAAUCGGAUUGAUCGCAUAUCUUUCAACAUGGCUUACAGAGAUUGUCGGAGCACUAGAAACAUCUUCGGACAUCGCCUCGAUGGUAGUCUAUGGAUCUUCAGAAAUACAGAUCACCAAGCCAACGCUUUUCCACAAGCUUGGAGAACCGCCGAUCCCAAUCAAGAAAGAUGCAUCGAAGAAGAACAAGACUUACUACUAUCCUAAGGUGGAACCGUUCUUCGUGCUUCCAGCACACAAGUCUUUCCACGCUUCUUCGGCAUCGGUGUCACACACACGCACACUCUCCUUCCUUAAACCCAUACUCUGUGGUCCGUGGUUCGAUCUCGAAGAGAUAUGGGAAGAGCAUACCCUGUAUGAGUUUGGUGAGAGGGCCGUUGAUAAGACCAUGUCUACUAUGGUGCAAGAGCCAUACGUCAACCAUAUCCCUACGAUAACUGGUGGUAUCGGUAGAGCAAGCUUGACAAAUUUCUAUCGCAAUCACUUUGUCUUCAACAAUCCUGACGACACUGCUUUAGAGUUGGUCAGUCGGACUGUGGGUAUCGAUCGAGUCAUCGAUGAAUUUGUCUUCAAUUUCACCCAUGAUCGGGAGAUCGAUUGGCUCCUACCGGGUAUACCACCGACAGGGAAGAAGUGUCGCCUACCAUUCACUAGUAUCGUCAACAUACGAGGAGAUCGCUUGUAUCAUGAGCAUAUUGCUUGGGACCAAGCUACUGCUCUUGUUCAGCUGGGUUUACUCCCGGAAUACCUGCCUUUCAACUAUCCAAUCGAGGGUAAGACUGCCGCUCCUGGUAAGCACUUCGAGUACAGAGUGCCAGCCGCUGGUGCAGAGACUGCCGAGAAGCUGGUAGACGAGUCUUCUGUCGAGUCGAACCAGAUGUUCAAAUUCGCUACCCGACUGAUUGAUGAUUAGAAGUCGCGGGUGCCACGUUUUCCAGGAUCUGCUUUUUCGUGUUGCAAAUCUUGCCGACAAGGUCGAAUGGAAGUUUAAGCGCAAAAGUAGAUCGGGUGUCGUCGGCCUGACAUUUAAUUGCCCCGCAUGUUUUCGCGUGUGCAUCGGUGUAGAUCACCAAGUACCAUGAUGGCAUAGCGCGGGGAAGAAACUCAAUUUCUAUGCGGCCCCAAACUGCAUAUUGACAAGAUGCUUUAUCGUAAUUUCCCAUAUAGGCAGUAAGAUCGAGAUUGGUGAUGUGAAGCCUUGAUAGAAAGACUAUUCAAGCAUACCAGCCGCGUGACAAGCUAUCUCAUGACGUCUUAUUCUACCCUCGGACAUGGCUAUAUAUCCUGGCACAUUUCCUGUCGGUACUAGGCGAUACCAGUUGACCUCUAUAAUUUGACUGCCUAGCAAAAUGACACUGUCCUCUGCGGUGAUAGGGCUGUUGGUAGCUCUAGCUACAG